CACUAAAAGUACGCCUCCCAACAAUAACCGGAAGUGUAUUCGUCGCUCGGUUGUCAACAAGUUUUUGGAACUAAAUUUAACCAAAUUUUCCGACACUAAAACCGAUCAAUACAGAAUAAACAAUGUCGGGGCCAUCCAGCAUCGUAGCGAUGAAGAAAAUUGUCCAACAACUUCGUUUUGAAGCGGGAAUAAACCGAGUAAAGGUAUCCCUAGCCGCGGCUGACAUGCAGCAGUUUUGUCUUCAGAACGCCCAGCAUGACCCACUGCUAACCGGUAUGUCGUCCAGUAACAACCCGUUCAGACCGCAGAAAGUCUGCUCCUUCCUAUAACAGCGACGCCUUCGCCCUUGUCUUCGGGGUGUGGUACCUCGUGGAGAUAGACUCGAAUCGCCUCAGGAGUGUUCGGGAAAAUUGCAACUUACUUUUUUUUUUUUUUACAUUUGUAAAAGAUUCACCAGUAAACAUCUCCAGGUGCUUACAAGCCAUUUUUUUCACACGAUUAACACCAAUUUACUUGGUUUACGGUGAUAACAUCAGUUCCAAAUGUUAUAGCCAAGCGCAAUCUUAGCAAGGUCAGUCAAGUCGUUAUUACGGUAAAUAUUUGCAUGAAAAAUAGGUCUAGCCUAGAAAUAUAAAGCAAAUGAAAAAUGGUCAUUAGAACAAUUACACAAGAGGCCCUCCUCUUGGGCUUCGUGACCUCGUAUUCUUACGUCAUACAUAACUUUGAAAUGUCAUAAUUACAGUAAAUAUUUGGAUGGAAGACACCUCAGCCAUAAAUGUAAAACCAUCAUAUAAAAAUAAAUAAAUGUGAGUACCUCUAGGUCAGUGAGAUACUUCAAUUGCCUUGCAGGUUGUAACCUCAAUGUCACUGGGUUGUGAGCAUCAUCAAUUGAGAGUCUUCUGUACUAAAAAAAUUAACCAAAUUUAACCAUA